UAGACGGGCGGAUUUAUAAACAAACGCGUCAUUGACAAGAAUAGACAUAGAAAACGACAACUAUGGCUACCGGCAGCAUUAUCGGUCUGAAGCCACAUUUUUAUGUGCAUGUGACUGAUCUAAACAGGAAUAUCACCAGUAUUGAUAUCGGUCCAAAGACAGUUGUUCUGAAGAACAAUGAGAAGCUACAUCGAGGGCCCCUGCCUAUGAUCAAAGUCCCUCCAGGGCAUUACUGUGUCAUAGAGAACCCUUGCAUGAAUUAUGUACCUGGUCAAGUUAGUCAGAACCUUCUGGGCCAAAAACAGUACAAAUUUUACCAGGAGCCCUUUCCCCUGUUGCCUGGCGAGGUCCUUAGUGGGGCCCCUGAGUACCAAACAGGUAGGUCAAGCUAUGCGCCAGCCUUGAAGCCCCUCCCUACGGUAAAGGCUAACCAUGCAAUCAGACUGAGAGCACUGGUGGACUUUGAAAAUGAGAUGGGGAAAUAUCAGGCUGGGGACCAGUGGCAGCUGAAAGGCCCCCUCACCUAUUUCCCUUCUCCUGAAGCGGAAAUAGAGAAGAUGGUUGAACCGAUAGUGUUGCAGAAUGGAGAGGGACUGAGACUCAGCGCAACUGUGUACUUCACGGACUGCAAUGGCGUGGAGCGUGUGACCGGUGAGGAGUGGAUCCAUUACACGACAGGAGACUACCUCCCGGACGUAUAUGAAAAGGUUUUGGGUGUGGAGAAACAGGUCACACUGACACCCGAUCAAGGCCUGAGAUUACAAGCGACACACUCCAUUACUGACAGGCAGGGCAUCAAAAGAUUGGUAGGUGAGGAAUGGCUGGUGACCGGUGAGGACUUGGAACAGUACCUGCCUGAGAUAGGAGUGACAAUAUUGUCUGAGGAAAAAAGAAUUGUGGUGAAGAAGGGAGAGUAUUGUAUCGUAUUGGAUGUAGUGGACAAAAACUGUAAACCACAGCUGGGGAAGAGGGAGCUCCGUACCGGAUGUUGCAGCUUUUUCCUCCAUCCAGGCGAAACCCUUGAGAACGGCAAAGUUCAAAGUGCAUACAUCUUGUCUGAUAAUGAGGCUCUGGUACUUCAGGCUGACGAAUAUAUAAUGGAAGUUUUAGGCAAAGGUAAGGCCGUGAAGAGAAGUCCAGGUGACCGUUGGAUGAUACGCGGCCCAAUAGACUACACUCCGCCAUUACAUGUCAAUGUUGUUGACAAAAGGACACAGAUCCCUUUAAGUAAAAAUGAAGGCAUCUAUGUUCAGGAUAGGAAGACCGGCAAGGUGAGGGCAGAGAUGGGACCCCAGUCGUACAUGUUGACGGAGAACGAAGAACUUUGGACAAAGGUCCUGCCUGAAGAUACAGAAACUCUCCUCAAACAAGGAGGAGGUUCUGGGUCAGGAGACAUCAGGAAGAUGGCCUACUUUGAACAAUCAAUAGACCCACAGAUACUCGAGGGACGUAGGAAAGGCCAUGUAGUAACAUUUCGUUGUCCUGGCAACACAGCUGUACAGGUGUAUAAUUACCUGGAGAAGACAGCACGUGUCGUGUUCGGACCAGACCUGGUCAUCCUCGGACCUCACGAAAAUUUCAAUGUCCUCAGCCUAAGUGCUGGUAAACCUAAGAAGGAGGGUGCAAUGAAAUCUCUGUGUCUGAUGCUGGGACCAGACUUUAUCACAGACAUUCUAGAAGUAGAGACAUCUGACCAUGCACGGUUAAGGAUCCAGCUCGCCUUCAACAACCACUUUGAGUUUGAAAGAGGAAAUAGGGAGAGUGAAUUGUCCAUUUUUUCUGUCCCAGAUUUUAUCGGAAAUGCAUGUCGUCAGAUAGGAAGUCGUAUUCGUGGUGCCGUAGCACAAGUCCACUUUGAUGAGUUCCAUCGCCACUCCGCUCAGGUCAUAAAGACGGCAGUGUUUGGACCGAACAUUGAGGGAGGUUUGGAUUCCCACCUCAAGUUCCCCAUGAAUAACCUGGUGAUUAGCAGUAUUGAUAUUCAGAGUAUAGAACCAGUUGAUGUGAAAAUGCGGGACAGUCUUUCAAAAUCAGUACAGCUUGCCAUCGAGAUAUCUACAAGCUCUAUUGAGGCCGCAGCAUCCCAUGAGGCUGCACGGAAUGAACAGGUGGCGCAAGGACACCUUGAGCGUCAGAAGCUGGACAACGAGAAGGCUUCUGAACAGGAACGCAGCAAGCUUCUCGAGCUACAGGCCAUCGCAGCCGCUGUGGAAUCAACAGGACAGGCCACAGCCGAGGCUCAAGCUCGGGCAGAGAGGAUCAUCAUUGAGUGUGAGAGUGAGAUACAAAGUGCAAGAUUAAAGGCAAAAGCAGAAGAAAUAGAACAUUAUGCUCAACAAGAGACUCAAGAAAUGUUGAGGAAGCAAGAGUUGUCUUAUCAACGAAGCCAGACAGAGCUGGAGGUACACCGACUUCGCACCAUGGCUGACAUAGAGGUUCAGAAAUUCCAGAAGAUGGUGAAUACACUUGGAACAAGUACCAUUUCUGCCAUAGCAAGAUCUGGUCCUGAGACACAGGUGAAAAUGUUACAAGGUCUAGGAUUGUCCAGUGUCCUGAUCACAGACGGAAGUAGUCCAAUAAACCUGUUUAACACAGCCUCCGGCCUUAUUGGAGGAACAGGCAACAGUAACUAGCAUGCUUCAAUCACCCAUGGGUCAGAAGUCAAGAUGUGCAUUGAAGCGAUGGUAACCAUGACAACAUUACUUCUGGGUCCAAGGUCUGGACUUGGCCUUGGGCAACAGUAACUAGCAUGGUUUAAUCACCCAUGGGUCAGAGGUCAAGAUGAGGAUUGUAGUAAUAGUAACCAUUGAGACUUUAUUUCUGGGUCCAAGGUCAGAAUUUGACCUUUGUUAACAGUAACUAGCAUUAUUCAAUCACCCAUGGGUCAGAGGUCAAGAUGAGGAUUGUAAUAAUGGUAACCAUGGAGACAUUACUUCUCGGGUCAAAGGUCAGAACUUGACCUUUGGGUAACAGUAACCAUGCAUAGUAACAACUUAAAGAACUCAAGCCCGACCACGUGGGUUUUCUCCGAGUACUCCGGUUUCCUCCCACACAAGGCCCCUCGCGCGCUAAUAUCUGGGCCAACAAGAAUGGUUAAUAUAAGUUAACAUAACUUGUUUCAUAAUUGUUGUAAAAUAAACCAAGUUUAUAUUUUUUGUAUAAGAACUCAAGCUGCCUUGUCCAUUUUUGACUACUUACUCCUGUAAAAUGAUGGUUGUGAUUGUGUGAUUGAUUUUAGAGCAAUUGUGUGAACCUUUUGAGUGACGUCAACCAACUGUACUUAAUUCAUGGUACAUGUCUGCCACUGUUUGCAUGUUGACAAAAAUUUAAAUGAUAUAAUAUUUAUUACAUGUUUAAAUUCAAGAUAUUCAGCAACAUGACCAGAUUUCAAGUAAAAGUUUCAGAAAUGAUCAUGUCAUGUCACGGUCCCCUGGAGAGAUUUUUGCUGUAAUGUGUGAAAAUAGUACUUGCUAUUUUGAAUAGAUAUGGGGUUCUUAUGAGUUUAAUCUUCAUUCCUGCUACAACCAUAUAUUUAUUAAGGUAAGAAAUUUUCACCAUUUGUAUCUGUAUUAAGGUGAAAUAUAUAAUGAAGGUGAGAAAUUGUUGGGGAAAAAUAGAUAACAAAUGCUGGCUAGGCUAUUGUUAAUUAUUUUUCUUACAUUUUUGGAAUCUAGAGUUAUAUAUUCCACCAUAAUAUACAAACAUAUAUUGAUUAUAUCUGUUCUAACAUGUGGAAAUGUAAAUGACUAUGUGUGUCUACUUCAGUGCCUAUAAGACAAUGUGACCUAGAUAAUUCCUUUAUUUAAACAAGGCUGUUCAUUUGUCCAUGCAAUCAUUUACCACAUGAUGCCUCAUUUAAUUUCACCAACAAGCCAAUAUCACAGCUGAUGUUAUAAUCUCUGGAAAUUGAUCAGGAGUUGGUGGUCAUAUUAGCUAUUUUAACUUGUAUGUACAUAUGUGAAAAUGUUAAGAUCUGUACAUGCACACCUUAUGUAUCCUCACUUUAUAACACCAAUUCGUCACAAACAAGUCUCUGCUCACUUGUUUGUUUUUGUUAUAUGGGGGAGGUUUUUGGAAGAGCAUAAUUUGUAAUUGUUGAAAAUAACAUAUGUGUAUGUUUUAUUUUGUCCAAUGAUGCAUGGUUACUAACCAUUGAAAAGAGUUGUUAGGUUGAGGACAUGGUAGAAUAAAUGAUAACAUGGGACACCCAACUCCCCAGGGGUUAUCAAGCUCCAUUGACAUUAGGCUUCAUACAAUUGACCUCAGGAGCAAAUCUUAGAAUCUUGGAUAGCCAAAGGAGAGGUAUCCCAGCAACCAGGUGCCAAGUCUCUAUCCUGACCAUAGUCACAUGUGGUCAAAAGCAAUAAAGGUCAUAAGACCUUGGAUAACACCUUGCAAGUUACAUUCAAAGUGUAUUGGUAGAAAUAUCUUACCUGGUAACCUUGUUUUGUGAUUGAAUGUUAAAAAACUUAAAGAAACAUAUCAAAAAUGUCCUUUGUGAUUUGUAAAACAACUACAUUAUGCAUGUACAAAAUGUUCAUUUAUUCUAAACCGAACACUGUUUAGAUAUGGAUUUUUGUCUAAAACAACCCAAGAAUUUGUGACAAUGUGUAACUGAAUAAACUCUCUGCAAUCUGGUACUCUCUACAAACCCACCAAAUGAUUUGGUCCCAGCUGGGCUGUCCAGUAUUGACAAUCUGGUACUCUCUACAAACCCACCAAAUGAUUUUGUCCCUGGGCUGUCCGGUAUUAACAAUCUGGUACUCUCUACAAACCAAUGAAACAUUUUGGUCCCCGGAGUGUCAGGUAUAGACAAAAAUCUGGUACUCUCUACAAACCCACCAAAUUAUUUGGUCCCUGGGCUGUCCAGUAUUGACAAUCUGGUACUCUCUACAAACCCACCAAAUGAUUUGGUCCCUGGGCUGUCCGGUAUAGACAAAAACCUGGUACUCUCUACAAACCUACCAAACACUUUGGUCCCCGGAGUGUCAGGUAUAGACAAGGUACACUGUAUGAUAGUACAUCUCAUUAUAACUUACCAUAUUCACCUUUCAUGAAUAAAUACUCCAUCUUUAAAUGACUGCAUAAUGGACUCGUCCAGAUCAAUGCCUGGUAGAGUCUACUUAUAAAGUUAGAUAGGGUUGAAAGGGUUAAUCCGUUUAUCACAUGUGUCUUUGUUUUAAACAAGUUAAAUCACCCAUAGCAAGUAUGCAAAAUCUCUAAUUACAGUGCAAGCUAUGAUUUGCUGUUGUAGUUAACGGCAAAAAGAAAGUUAAAAAUCAUUUUAAUGCAUGUAGUAUUUUCAUAUUGUAAAUAAUUGUAUUAUUGUGAAAUUUCCCCUUUAUAUUUAGAGUUCAUGUCAUAUUUAUCAUCUGAAACUGUUUUCUCUUAAAACAACUAAUCAUAAUCAUAAAUAAUGAAUUUCGUAAUAUAAAACUAAAAAAAAUAUGCUGUUUGGUUAAAGAAACAUCUGCUUAACAACUGCUUAACAACUUGGAGACUUUUUACAUACAGUUAUCUCCCCUUAAUUUCACUCGGGAUAAAUAAGCUCAAUUUGUGAGAGCAACACUAUACUGAUCAGAGGCAUUUCCAAUGCAAACUUAAGUUUUUGGCAGUGGUAUAGGGAUAUCCUUAUAGCAUUGAAUAUUUAUAAUGACCGCUCUGGUUAACUCAUUCACCCCUGAAAUUUCAAAAAGAACUAUUUCAACCAUUGAACUGGAAGAGUUCAAACAUGUCCUCAGGGGUGACUGAGUUCAGGGAAAAUAGUAAUCCUAAUUUAUUUUGUGAUUUGAAUGAUGCAUUAUAUGCAUGUAUGUAAUAGCCCUAAAAUGAUUCGAAUAGUUUUUUCUCAUUAAUUCUUUUAUAUAUUCCGGAACAAUUUGUUUGAGAUUGUUUUUUAACAAAUGCUCGUUCUUGAUAUAAAAUGUAUAUGCCACAUGUAGUACAUGUAUAUUAUAGCCAAGUAAGAUCAACGAAAUAAGGGUAACUACACUGUUUUAAGAUUCACAUGCAGUAUUUAUUUGUUGUACCCAUGCAAGAAAAUUUAGGCAAUAAAUCUAAUAUAUAUAUAUAAAAAAAAUCUCACAUUUUAUAAAUACUGCAUUAGACUACCAAAACACCUCACAAGUUUUUGCCAAAAAAAGAUUGAAUCACUUCAAAGAAAUUUCAGAUUUUUGCUUUGAAUGAAAAUAUAUUUUAUGUGUCCUGUAGAGCAAUUAAUGUAUCAUAGGCAGCCAAUUUUUACAACAAAUUGAAACUAGAGCAUACCAUUAGUUCUCAUCUCCCAUUGAGAUGGUUAUAGAUUAUCCCGGAGUUUAUACGUUAGAAUUAAUUCAGUAGUUAUACUGUAUAUGGUCGUAGUAUGCCAUUAAUAUUUACCAAUUAUUGUUGAGGUGAAUAUGUGGUUAUAUAGACCAGAGAAAUUGAUCGUCUUGGUCAAUAUCACAUCCUCAUCUAUUAUCACAUAUCCACCAUGUUGAAAGUCUUUGAUUUUUAUAUUAGAUGCUAAAUAAUGAUUUAAUCAUUAAACAAUAUGGAAUGUAUGUAAAUUGUAUUUUGGUGUGGUAGUUCCUUUCUGUAUGCUAUCACUGAAGUUGCUCUGUACGUAUGAAUUCUGCACACUGUUAAGUUUGGCUGUGACACUUGUGAUGUUUAGUAAAAUUAUACUACUAGGUUUGUAGUAUUUAGGCGAUCGUAUUAAUGAAAAGUUGCCAUUAUGAUUGAAAUUUAUCCUAUUUAUUCUACAUUUUUACUUGUUUUUGGAAAUAAAUAUUUUCAACUCAAA